GUUUACCCGGUGACUUGGUUAAGACAUUUUUAUUGAAUGCCAACUUCUUUUCCUCCUCCGCCUUCUUCCAUAACCUACGGACCCCAAUAUUCCUACCGGCGCACCUCACCACAAUCAAACAUAUAUAUGGCCUCUUCUCGCCCACCUCCGGCGAAACCCCUCGAUCUUGAGCUCACGAUCGUCUCCGCUAAGCACCUCAAAAAUGUCAAUUGGAAAAACGGAGGCGAUCUCAAACCCUACGCCGUUUUCUGGGUCGACCCGGAUCGUCGCCUCGCCACCAAAUCGGACGAUUCUGGUUCAACCCAGCCUGUCUGGAACGAGCGCUUCACUCUCCCACUCACCGCUUCACUCCAUGACUCGUUCCUUACCCUCGAAAUCUUCCACUCCAAACCCUCCGAGACCCCCAAACCCUUGGUCGGCACCCUCCGUGUCCCAAUCAAGGAUCUACCCGACCCGAACGAUUCGACUCAAAUCCGUACCUUCGUACUCACACGUCCUUCAGGUCGUCCUCAGGGUAAGAUCCGUAUAAAGCUCGCCAUCCGCGAACGCCCUUUGCCGCCAGAUUACCAUAUUACCCAUCAACCAAACUAUUUUUACUCCAGUGCCCCUCUGCCUCCACCUCCAAACCCUGCACGCGAUUACAGGGGAUACUCGCCCUCGCCAUACUCUUCUCCGGCUCCAGCUCCAGCUCCAUCUCCGACCCCUUCGCCGCCUCCACCACCGUACCACUACAGCUCGUAUCCUGAUGCUUAUUCCGGUUAUUAUCCAGGGUACUACUCUAGCGCCCCGCCUCCGCCGCUGCCACCAAGGCCGUUCUUCGAUCGGCCCAUGAGCUACGGUGGACCCAGUGGGCCUUCUGCUCCAGUGGACUACUCGCCGUACGAUCAGAAACCCAAGAGUGGGAAGAUGGGGCUGGGAACGGGAUUGGCUGUGGGAGCUGUCGCCGGAGCUUUGAGUGGAAUCGCAUUAGAUGAGGGUUUGAAAUACGAAGAGGAUAAAAUCGCAGAUAGGGUUGAGAGUGACUUGGCUGCUCGCGACGAUUACAGCGAUUACCGUACGGAUUACUGAAAUAAUGGGUUUUAUUAGUUAAGGUAUGAUGACUACUAAUUCGCAGCAUUAGCUUGCGAUUCUACCGUAUAUAUAUGUGUAUGUAUAUACUUGUGUUGAAUUUGGAGGCAAUUUGUGUGAUUUUGAUUGUCUGAUUAUGUAUGGAGUAAGACAAUGUUUCAAUGGUUGGAAACAUUUUUAAUGCUUUUGGGCUUUGUUUGAACGAAAUAAAUGGCACUCGAAAUCGAAAUGGUGAAACUUAUACAUAACUUUUAUUGUGUGCA